CGUGCGUGUGCGCAUGCGCGUCGACCUAUCGCUUCACUCGAGCCACGCUCGGGCCUCGGUGUCAGAGUCAGCACAGUGGUGCGGCGCCCGUGCUGAGGGUUGGUGUUUCUCGUCUCAGUCAAGGCGACAGACCGAUUCCUAAAAUAUUAAUCGAAAAAUGUGCACUACAUAGUCCACAAGGGAGAAUUUCGAGAGAAGAAGAUGAUUGUCACGUGCGUUUUUUUGACCAGGACCAUCAACCAGCAAUACAAAUUCAGUACAAAGAAUUAAUGAAAACAAAGAAAAAGAAAGAGAAAUUAACGAACAAACUAAGAACAACUAACAAACGAAGUUAAAAGGAGAUAAAGUAGAACGAGAUGAAAAAUUAAAGAAGUUACGAGAGAGAGAGUCGCAUUCGCGACGAGUAAAAUUAGAAGGAACAAUAGAACAAAGUGAGAGCGAGGACAAUCUUCAACCAAAGUUACCUAAUUAAUUAAACGACUAUCGAUCGAAUUCGUGCGACCACAGAGCUCGAAUCGAUUUUACGUAUUUCUAUUGACGACUGAAAUGUAUAUUCAUCUAUAAUAUUAUUGAAAGUUGAUAACGAGAGAUUAUUAUCGAUUACUGUUAAUGUUAAGAGAUAUUUGCUGUUUACGAAACGAUAACGAGAACGAAUAUUUUUCAUUUCAUUUAUUGUAUUUCCAUUUAGUUUUGUAAGAGAGGAGCGAUUUUUAUUACUACCAGUGAAACGAGAAUACAAUCAAUUAAAAAAAAAAAAAAAAAAAAAAUAAAUAAAAACUAUAAUAUAACGAAUAAGGUUAGACGCAUUUAAUAAAUUAUAUAUAGAUGUUAAAAGUAUAACUAUACGAAAUAGUUUGUGUCAAUGGGGUCCACGUUUUAAAGAGAUUAUAAGAGGAAAUAGAUUUGUUUUUAUUGUUACCAUUUGUAGCAAGAGAAAAGAGUAUCUCAAAAAGGAAAAGAGAGAGAGAAAAGGAUAAGUUAAAUAGGAAAGAAUACCUACUGAAGAUACGAGAACAGGUCGCAGAAUAUUUUCGCGGAAGAGCGAGUAUUAUUUUGAGCUGCGAUACUAAGAGUCAUCAAAAUGAAUCUCGAAGUGGAGCUCAUCGCGGGGGUGAUCAAGGGCGAACCGCCCCCGAAACACUUACCUGCGCCCAGGCUGAUUAAAAUCUUCAUCGCUGGAGAACGGAAUGAAUUUGUAGAGGAGAGGAAGCAGUUACUGGAGCUCGUUGGACCAGAAUUACAAUCGAUAUAUGAUUGCAUGGGAAUCGAGGUUCUCUUGGUGGACAUGCAAUACGCAACGAACGUAAAUCCUGAUAGAAAUCCAUUCUUAGCUGAACAUUUUUAUAACGAAAUACACGCCGCUUAUCAACACUCGAGGGGCUGUUUUUUACUGCUGUUGGUGGGAGAUGAGUACAACGUCGGAUGGUGUCCGACAAAAUUUAGCGCCGACAGUUAUGAGAUUCUCUCUAGUCGUUGCUCUGUAAUGGAAGAGCAUUAUGUGCGCGAUGGCGAUUGGUAUAUCUUGAAGGCUGGCAGACUGGGGACAGCAAGCACCAGUUGGCAAAGCGAGGAACCAAAACUGAGAGAAACCUUAAAGAAAGCUGCGGAAUCUAUUGUUUCUGAAAAAUGUGAUAACGAAGAAAUCAGAAACAUAUUGAAAAGCAGCGCUGAGAGACAACUCGAGUAUGCCUUAGGGUUAGAUGAAUCACGAGAAGGUAUCAUGGCUGUGAUACGCACAUGGAAAGGCAGGAAGAGUUCAAAGGGAGCGACGUCGCUGAAAUCUCUUAUCGCGAAUAAUCUACCGCCAGACAAUAUAAUCAACGUAGAAGUAGAUCCGAAGACGUGUGGGAUCAAUCCUGACAGAGUUCACAAGGGUUACUUGUCGCAUCUUUGUCGUCUGGUCGUCAACCGACUUCAGAUACUUGUCAACGCCUCCAUUGAAGAGCAUCCCGAGAUAAAGAGUAAAAAGAAGAUGGUGCAAGAAAUUUAUGCCGAGAGUUUGAUGCAUCUUGCGCUCCUAAGGGAAAUCAAACCCUGCGAUGAGAAUGAACAUGUUGAACGUAUCAAGGCGCUUCUAAUUUCUGGUAAAUCACAGAAGCAUACACCAAUACUGAUCAAAGGGGGCAUGUAUUCUGGUAAAUCAGCGCUGCUUUCAAGAAUUUAUAUGGACGCUUCGUUGUGGUUGGAUUGUGCAACAUUCAAGGUUGUUCGUCUCUGCACUUCAACCCCUAGGUCGGCUUACAGUCUAGAAUUAUUUCGAGUGCUCUGUCAACACAUUGGUUUCCUAUCGGGUUUAUUGGAUGGUAAUCUUCCCAAAGACGCUUCGUUCGAUCCCCUUUAUUUGAACAACUGGUUCGGACAAAUCAUGAGACGAAUCGAAGAGGAACCGCUGAAAGAACAGUUGUUGAUUCUUAUCGAUGAUAUUCAUCGAUUGCAUCCGUUGGAAUGCAACAUAGUUGCCGCUCUGUCGUGGCUACCGUUAUAUUUGCCAGCAGGAGUGCACUUGGUAGUAACAACUGCUGUCCCGCCGGAGAUGUUGCGUCUCGCGCCCGCGCAGAAGGAAAUAUUGCGCAGCAGUGAAAUCCUAGUCGAACCUCAAGAUCCAGGUCCCGGUUCACCUGAAACCGAAAAUGUAUUCGACGUAUUAGAGGAACUCGUAGGCGAGACAGCCGCCAAUAGAAUUGGCGCCAUAUUGGCUUGCACGGAAUACGGUUUCUCUGAAACAGAAAUUCUCGAGGCGAUCAUGCAAACUACGGACGACGGACCCUCGUCGCUUGAGGACGGACUGUUUAAUUUUUCAACUUGGUGCUUGGUCAGAAGGACACUCGACGAAAGUCUCAGGGUUCGCGUGAUGAGUGGAAUGCUACUAUUUAGUUGGCGGCAUCCGAUUCGCGAUCUAGCUCGAAAGAAAUAUUUUCUCAACCACGAGACUCUGAAGAGCUACGAUGGAGAAGCCGCGAAUCUUUUCUUUUGGGAAGACUUCGAUCUCAAGGAUGACAAAUCAUCGCCGGAAGUGGAAACUCCGAAGAAGGAGACGCCUUAUCAAAGUAGACCAGUAUCGCAGGAUAGAGCGUACAACCUAAGGCACGUCGAGGAAGCUUGGUUGCACCUACUUCAAGCCGGCGAUGUGGAGCAUCUGAAGAAACUAGCCGUUUGCGCGUUCGAUUUCCUUCUUGCGGCCGUGCAAAUGAUUUCCGUCAGUUACGUGAGAUGCGUUUUGGAGCAUUCACGGAGGUACCUUCUCGAGAGGGACUUGGAGUUAGUUUAUUACACCGUGAGAAAGUCCAACGAUAUCUUAACAAGAGAUCCCCUGCAACUUGCAGCACAACUUAUUUGCUGGCUAAGACCUGUGGCUGAAGAUGGAAGCGAUUUGGUUAGCAAAAUGGUAACAGCAGCAAUGGCUUGGUGUGAUGGAUACACUGCUCCGCUAUUGGUGCCAUUGAAUAGUUGGCUUCAACCACCUUUACCUCUUCAAAUACGCAGUUUAUCUUGCCCACAAGGAGUGAAACUCGUCGAGGCUGCACCAUCCGGACAGCACGUUAUUGUUGUUCCUUUCCAAGGAGAUGCUCAACUCUGGCAUGUGAUGUCUGGCCAGUUGGUCCACACCUUCUCUGGACAUUUGGGUCCAAUCUCGUGCUUAGCUGUAACACAACACUCACAGUAUUUGCUGACAGGCUCUGAGGACACGUCGAUUAUAGUGUGGAAUAUGAAGACGCUAUCUUUGUCGUUGCGAAUCCAGGAACACAUCGCUCCAGUUUUGUGUUUGACCACGGCGCUCACGAAUUUUGUGAUUGUCAGUGGAGGUGAGGAUUCGAGAAUUAUCGUGACAAGUUUGCAGAACGGCGAGGUUCUGACCAGAGUCGACCACCAUAGAGGCCCGGUGAACUCGAUUCGCGUCGAUUCUGCUGGGGAGAUUCUCGUAUCUGGCUCUUCCGACUGUACCGUCUGUUUAUGGUGUCUAAAGAAAUUCACCAUGUUGAAGUGCAUCGUUUUACCGUCGCCUGUGACGAUGCUGGACGUGUCGGCGGAUUCUGUUUUCCUGUUGGCUGUCUGCGAGGACCAGAAAUUGUACUUGAGAUCUUUGGCCACGGGAACGGAGAUUCACACGCUCAGAGGUCACCAGGGUGUAGUAAAAAGUAUUUGUCUGGCGAAAGAUUGUAGAAGAGCGAUCGUUGGCGGAACCAAUGGCAAGGUUUCCAUUUUUGACAUGCACAGUGGAAGAUUGACGAGGACGUUAUCCACGAAUCCAUCGUCGGACGUUACUUCAGUCAAAGUGACGGAAAAGGACGACUUUUUGAUAACGGCUGCCGAGAAUCGAGUAACGUAUUGGAGUUUCCGGGGAGAGGAAGCAUUUUCCAAGCCUAAAAAAACUGGCAAGCAAGAAUCUUUGCAUCCGCACACGGCCUCUAUCUCUUGUUUGGAUAUAUCUAGAGACGGAGCAAUGGCGGUCACCGGUGGAGUCGACUCACUCGUCAAUCUAUGGCAAUUGAAUACGCACGAGUUGCUUUCUACUUUCGAAGGGCAUAUUGCCAGCGUUACGUGCAUCGCAUUCUCAGCUUCUGGUUUAUUCAUCGCUUCAGGUUCGGAAGACAAAACGGUUCGCGUUUGGGGUUUGACGUUGGGCUUGGUGGUAGCAACGUUUAAACAUCAAGCACCGGUCACGUCGGUAACAGCAAUGUUCGACGGCCGAAGAAUUGUAAGUUCUGACCGAGGGGGCGCAAUUCGAGUCUGGGCGGCCGAUACUGGAACUUUAAUUCAGUCCGUGUGUGGACCAGGCCGUUGCAUCACAGUCUCUCCUGAUAUGAGGUUUGCAGUAUGUGGAACAGGUGACAAUCAAGUACGAAUAGUAAGCUUAGGAGCUGGCCCAGAGGAGAAGUAUCAGGUGACGCAUUCCCAAGACAUUACCUGUCUCGUGGUUACUCCGGACUCUCGAUCUUUGAUUACGGGUUCCAUAGAUAUGAGUUUGAAAGUCUGGCAACUCGCCAGUGGCAAAUUAUCGCAGGUUCUUGUGGGUCACACGGACCACGUAACCUGCGUCGCAGUUUCCGUCCUCGACAAGUCCAUCGUAGUAUCCGGCUCCAGGGACGCUAACCUCAUUGUUUGGGAUAUUAACACCGGAUCAGAUCUUCACACUCUGAAAGGCCAUUUGGGUUUCAUUACGUGCGUAAAAUUGUCAGGCGACGGGAGCCUCGCUGCGUCGGGUAGCGAGGAUAAGAGUCUCAUUAUUUGGGACACGAAAAAAGGCUGUUCUCUGAGCAGCAUUAUGUUACACGUGCCGGUUGUGGGCUUCGAGGUGUCCACAGACCUUUCUAGAUUAGCGCUGCAUCUUCUCGAGCACAAGUGCAUGCCUAUUCUCUGUUUACAUAAUACCCCGGCGCAGUACGUCAAGUUGCCGGAUUACGUUGCCCCUUGGUGCGAUGUUAGAGACAUGAGACCUGCUGGCCCAAAGAGACCGAAUAAGAGACUGCUGAAGAAGGAGGUAUCGCUGGAUAGCGACACGUGGCACAGGAAAUACGGCCAUCUUACAUCAGGGAUAUCAGCGUCUUCGGUGGAAAAUUUACAACGACGAUUUAGUGUAAGCGCUUCCAUGGAUGAUUUCAGUAAAGUUGGAUUAACAAAUAGCCCGUCUGGACUUGGUCCAGAGCAGGCAGCUCUUGCUCAGUCACAACAUUUUGACCAACUUGAAGCUCUCUGGAACAAACAGUCCCCGCCUUCUAGACCACGACUUCAUGGUAGAACAUUGUCCAAACAAAGUUCGUUGCAGGCUACACUAAUAUCUGAUUCUGAAGAAGAAGAUGUACCAGUUUAAAAUAAUGUUUCAUUAGGAGACGAAUGGAGUAAACUCUACAAAAUUCUAAUCGUCGCACCUUCUCUUCUCAUCGAUUGUCUUUCAAGGAAAUGAAACAAAUAAAAAAACCUAAAAAAAGAAAUGAAGAGUACAUCCCUACAAGAAGCUCCAAGUUUACGAAUUUUUCGUGUCCGAUGCAAUAAACUAUAGACGUAUCUAUAGACGUACGAAUAGACGUACACAUAUAUGUAUAUAUGUAUUGGGUUGUCCGGAAAGUCCAUGUCAAUUUUUGGUAGGUGGUACAGGUUGAAUAUAUCGAAGUGGUUGAAAACAAAUAACAUACAUCCCUUAAAAGGUGAAAAGGUUUUGGAACAAAAUGGCACCUAUGUCAUUCAAUAAAUAUAUAGUAAAAUUCAAACGUGUUUUUGAAUGUUUCUUAUAAAUUGGCACGAACUUUCUGGACAACCUAAUAUAUGUAUUGAUAUAUAUUGGUAUGUACAUAUCAAUAUAUAUAUAUCAAUACAUAUUGUAGAACGAGGCUCAGGUAUGGGACAGGGUGGUGAAAGCUGAAGCAGUAAUGGGUCAAAUAUGGAGUUUAGGAAAGAGGAAAUUUUGAAAGAACUGGGAGAGAAGAACAUGCCUAUUCGACGUCUUGGCAUAUGGGCGGUGUUGAGCUAUGGGGGUGGAGGUGUGGGAAUGGAAUACAGUAAAGACUGGAUAAGUGCAAGACAGAAUUGACUGGAUAAAUGCAAGAUGGGUAUCCCCAACACUGGGGGUGCCAGCGAGGAGAGUAAUAUGAUCCUUGUUGUUUAUUGUUUAAGGUGAAUGGAGACUGAGUCCCCUAUUUCAUUACUAUGUGUUUACUACUAUUUUCCAAUUUCUCUUUUUCUUUUAAUGUCUUUCUUUAUUUUUUCAUUGCUUAUCUUAUGCCAUAUAGGUUCUUCGAUACUUAUAUUUGUUAGAGGGUAUUGAGCAAAGCUACCAGGGGCUAGAGUGUACUGUGCUCAGUUACAAGAAGGUAGAUGGUACUAGGCUCAGCUACCAGGGACUAGAGGGUACUAGGCUCAACUGUGGGGGGCUAGAGGGUACUAGACUCAAUUGUGGGGAGCUAGAGGGUAUUGAGCAAAGCUACCAGGGGCUAGAGUGUCCUGUGCUCAGUUAUAAGGGGCUAUAUAGGGUACUAGGCUCAACUGUGGGGGACUAGAGAGUACUAGACUCAAAUGUGGGGGGCUAGAGGGUAUUGGGCUAAGCUACAACUACGGGUCUAUAGGGUACUAGGCUCAACUGUGGGGGACUAGAGAGUACUAGAGGCAACUGUGGGGGGCUAGAUGGUACUAGGCGCAACUACGAGCGACUAGAGGGUACUAGGCUCAACUGUAGGGGACUAGGGGGUACUAGGCUCAACUGUGGGGUGCUAGAGGGUAUUGGGCUAAGCUACAUAGAGCUAGAGCGUACUGGGCUCAGUUACGAGGAACUAGGGGGUACUAGACUCAACUGUGGGGGACUAGAGGGUACUAGGCUCAACUGUGGUGGGCUAGAGGGUACUGAGCUCAACUGUGGGGGGCUAGAGAGUAUUGAACUAAGCUAAAAGAGGCUAGAGUGUCCUGUGCUCAGUUACAAAGGUCUAGUGGGUUCUAGGCUCAGCUACGAGGGACUAGAGAGUACUAAGCUCAACUAUGGGGGGCUAGAGGGUAUUGGGCUAACCUACAAGGGCCUAAAGUGUACUGAGUUCAGCUAUGGGUGGUCUAGAGAGUACUGAGCUCAGCAAUGACUUCAUAUAUACGUGGCUGACCAUGUUUUUGUUUGUAAAAACGAGGUUCUACUUUAUAUUUAUUGACCUAGGAUCCUAGGGUUAGGAUGGAGGGUCCGGGGGUACGUGAUGAGGAAUUGAAGAUGGAGAAGCUGAAAAAUGCUCUAGGAGAAGAGCUUGGAACUUCCAGGAGAAAUUGAAGGAAGUUAACGGAAGUGCUAACAGGAUACGAGCAGGGGAGAAGGAAGUAAAUGGUGUUGAAAGAAAGAAAGGGAGGAUUUCUUCAAGGGGAAAGGAACACGACCCGAGGUAGGGAAAGAGAAGCAAGAAAGAAGGAUAGUGUACGAGAACAAGGAGAAUAAUAAUAAAAACUAACAACUGGGAGAAUAGUAGGGAAAAAAGAUAUGGAGAUCAAAGAGUAACGGAUGAUAGAAAUGGUAAUGACCCCAGUGGGGGUGGCUGAGUACCUGAAGAAAAGUUGGGAGGAUGUGGAAUAGCCUGGCGGGGCUUAGAAUGAGUUCAGAAGUGAGGGGAGCAUACAGAAGGAAGAGGAGACUCUCAAUUACUGGAGGAGUGAAGAGGAAAGGUUGCGCAGGAUGUAUUAUGCAAAACGUAGCACGGAAAGCGGAGGUCCUAGACACUGGUUGGGGUAUUCUCUCUGCCUUUCUCGCGACAGAAAUCGUAGAAUUAACUAAAAUAGGGCUAGGACGGGGCAGUAAAUAAGUAGAAAGGAGGU